AGUCAGAAGGUGGAUCUGCCGGACAGCCCUCGCUCCACCUUCCUGUUGGCCUUCAGCCCCGACAGAACCCUGAUGGCUUCCACUCACGUCAACCACAACAUCUACAUCACGGAGGUGAAGACUGGAAAGUGCCUACAUUCCCUUGUGGGCCACCGUAGGACCCCCUGGUGUGUCACCUUUCACCCCACCAUCCCCGGCCUGGUGGCCUCCGGGUGCCUUGAUGGAGAAGUCCGUAUCUGGGACCUUCAUGGCGGGAGUGAGAACUGGUUCACAGAGAGCAAUGUCGCCAUCGCAUCGCUGGCCUUCCACCCGACCGCUCAGCUGCUCCUCAUCGCCACAAACAACGAGCUCCACUUUUGGGACUGGAGCAGACCAGAACCCUUCGCCGUGGUCAAGACCGGCAGCGACACCGAGAGAGUCCGGUUGGUGAGGUUUGACCCUCUUGGUCACAACCUGCUGACGGCGAUAGUGAAUCCGUCCAAUCAGCAGAACGAGGAGGACUCCGAGGUUCCCAUGGACAGCGUGGAGAUGCCUCACUUCCGUCAGCGCUCCUUCCUGCCUUCUCAGCCGGUCCGCCGUACGCCCAUCCUCCACAACUUCCUCCACAUCCUGUCGUCUCGCUCCCCGGGCGCUCAGACGGGAGGCGAGCAGCUGCGACCUCUCGGUGACAACGGGGGCAACGUGGGAGAAUCUCCCAGCAUGCCUCUGGCCCAGUACCCGGGCGCCGAGCGCGGGCCUCCGUUCCCGGGCUGCACUCAGCACCUGGGCAUGGUUUGUCUGUGCAGCCGCUGCUCCGUCAAUCGGAACCCUUCCCUGGCGGCCGAUGCGACCCCGACCGAUCCCAGCAGGGGGUCGACCGACGCCCCCCAACCGUCGCCAGCUUCCACUUUCUCCUCGGCGCGUACGGAGCCCAGGCAGCCCUCGGAGCGACCCUCGGCCUUUACCUCAGUCUACUACAGCGCCGGCACGUCUCUUAACCCC